AACUACCUGACGUUUACCGACUAGCUCGCAAAUCAUCACAUUGAAUAGAACACAGUGAAUCUGUUGUAUGCAUUUAUUCACGAGCUAGUUCGUAUUCGAGAAUUUUGCAGUCUAUCCUCGUACAUAUCUCGUUGGACCGAGUAGACGUCAGGCGCUACGUGCUGGGUCCCACCUCCAGUCCAGAUAACCUCUUCCGACGACGCUUCUGCGCGCACAAGUCGCCGUCAUGAACAUCGUAGAAUGGGCCUUCGGAAAGCGCAUGACGCCUGCGGAACGGUUGCGGAAACACCAACGCGCACUCGAGAAGACGCAACGAGAGCUAGACCGCGAGCGCGUGAAGCUUGAGAACCAGGAGAAGAAGCUGGUAGCCGACAUAAAGAAGAGCGCAAAGAAUGGCCAAAUGGGGCCGCUCCGAAUACAAGCAAAGGACUUGGUUCGGACGAGACGGUACAUCCAGAAGUUCUAUCAGAUGCGAACGCAACUGCAGGCUAUCUCUUUGAGGAUCCAGACAGUUCGCAGUAACGAGCAGAUGAUGCAGUCCAUGAAGGGCGCAACAACACUGCUUGGAAGCAUGAACAGGCAGAUGAACCUCCCUGCGCUACAGCGCAUUGCCAUGGAGUUCGAGAAAGAAAACGACAUCAUGGACCAGCGACAGGAGAUGAUGGACGAUGCUAUUGACGACGCCACUGGCAUGGAAGACGAGGAGGAGAGCGAGGAUGUUGUCAAUCAAGUCCUGGAUGAGAUAGGCAUUGAUCUUGGCCAAGCUCUGGGAGAAACCCCGAGCGGAUUACAAAAGAACGCAGUGCCAGAGGCCAGGGUCGCGCAGGCCAUUGGGGGUGGAGGUGCUGAUCCCGACGACGAUGACCUUCAGGCUCGAUUGGACAGCUUGAGGAGGUGAGGAUGAAGUGCUCGGCACAUGAUAAGCUAUGGUCGCGUUGUGUUCAGGGCUACAUCUGACAGCAUGGGUGUGAAGACUGAAUCCAUGUGACCAUGUUCCA